AUGGACCUUCUACCCUCCUUCACUACAGAGACCUGGGCCCUUUUGCUUCUAUUCAUAGCCCUUGUGGUAGCAUACGGGACCUGGCCAUUUGGUUUGUUCAAGAAGUUGGGUAUCCCUGGGCCAAGACCUCUGCCUUUCUUUGGGACAUGCCUGGAAUAUCGCAAAGGUUUCUUGGAAUUUGACAAUAUGUGUUAUGAGAAAUACGGGAAAGUCUGGGGGAUUUAUGAUGGCAGGCAACCUGUGUUGGGUAUCAUGGACCCCCAAAUCAUUAAAUCUGUGCUGGUUAAAGACUGUUAUUCCACCUUCACCAACCGGAGGCAUAUAGAUCUAGCAGGGGAGCUGAAGAGUGCUGUCUCAUUAGCUGAAGAUGAACAGUGGAAAAGGAUUCGCACUGUGCUCUCUCCAACCUUCACCAGUGGGAAGCUAAAGGAGAUGUUCCCUAUAAUGAAGCACUAUGGGGAAGCUUUGGUGAGAAAUGUUCAGAAGCGAGUGGAAAAGGACAACACUAUACCUGUAAAGGAAAUCUUUGGAAGCUACAGCAUGGAUGUUGUCACCAGCACUUCAUUCGGUGUGAACAUGGACUCCAUGAACAACCCCAAAGACCCCUUUGUCAGAGAGAUGCAGAAGCUGGUCAAGUUUGACUUUUUUGACCCACUCUUCAUCUUGUCAUUUGUGUUCCCGUUUCUUACUCCUCUUUUGGCCAAGAUGAACGUAAGCUUCUUCCCCAGUGAUUCUGUAGAUUUUUUCAUGAGAUCCAUCUCCAAAAUUAAGCAUGAACGUGAAAAGGACACUCACAAGGGCAGAGUAGAUUUUCUGCAGCUGAUGAUCGAAUCCCAGAACACAAACAGUCAUGGGAACAACGACGCAAAUUACAAAGCCCUGACCCAUCAAGAGAUCCUGUCACAGGCCUUCAUCUUUAUUUUUGCUGGGUAUGAGCCCACCAGCAACACACUUGGCUACCUGGCAUAUGAACUGGCCAUGCAUCCUGAUGUGCAGCAAAAGCUCCUGGAGGAGAUCGACACCAUUUUACCCAACAAGGCUCCUCUCACCUAUGAAGCCAUGAUGCAGAUGGAAUAUCUUGACAUGACAGUGAGUGAAAUCCUUCGGUUUUACCCCAUUGGAGGGCGGAUUGAAAGAACCUGCAAGAAAGACGUGGAAAUAAAUGGAGUGACCAUUCCCAAAGGAACCAUUGUCAUGAUCCCACCCUAUACCCUGCACCGCAACCCCGAGUACUGGCCAAACCCAGAAGAGUUCAGACCAGAAAGGUUCAGUAAGGAAAACAAAGAGGCCAUAGACCCGUAUACAUACCUGCCCUUCGGGGCUGGUCCCAGGAACUGCAUCGGGAUGCGGUUUGCUCUCCUGACUCUGAAAGUUGCCAUCACCAUCCUAUUGCAACACUUCACCUUCCAGACCUGCAAAGAAACUCCGAUCCCCCUCAAGCUGUCUUCACAGGGACUCCUAACUCCAGAAAAGCCGAUUAUCCUGAAGUUAGUCCCCCGGACCAGCACCGCACGUGCAGAAGCAUAA